AUGUCGGAAGAGACCCACGAUGCCGCUAUUCGCGGCCCUGUAGCGAUCCGCGCUGCGAUCCUCGUCUCCGGCGUCGUCGGUUGGAUGCUAACCGUCACCUUCUGCUUCUGCAUGUCAGACUACGAUGCGAUCAUGGCAACGCCGACCGGUCUGCCCGUGGCCCAGAUCUUCUUCAACGCCGGUGGCAAAACAGGUGGAACCAUCAUGUGGUUCUUCGUCAUGUUGGUCCAGUUCUUCACCGGCUGCUCUGCCAUGUUGGCAAAUGCUAGAAUGGCUUGGGCCUUUUCCCGCGACGCAGCCUUUCCAUUCUCGGGUUUCUGGAGCAAGAUCAAUUCCUACACGCACACUCCGGUCAAUGCGGUGUGGCUUGUUGUGCUGUUCUGCAGCUGCCUCGACCUAAUCGGCAUUGGAAGCACUCUUACCAUUACGGCUAUCUUCAACAUCACCGCCCCGGCCUUGGACAUUAGUUACAUCGCAGUCAUCAUUGCACACCGAUGGUACGAGAACACUGUCACUUUCCACCCUGGACCAUACACGAUGGGCAGAUGGAGCAAGCCGGUCAAUGCAAUUGCAGUGACAUGGGUCAUCUUCAUCAGUGUUGUGUUGUUCUUCCCGACUGUCAAGCCAGUCAGGGCCGACAACAUGAACUACGCUAUCUGUGUGGCAGCCUUCAUUGGCCUGUUUAGCACCGUUUGGUGGUAUGCGGGUGCAAGGAAGAAGUACACCGGCCCGCGCACAAGCGACACCAUCGACAUGCUUCCACCGGAGGAUCCAGAGGACAUCCUCAGCGACUACGACAACAAUGUUUAG